AUGGUUAGUCAGGCUGGAUUGGUCGAUGUGUACCUUCAUCACACUCCCAAUCCCACGGGUGGGUACACUUAUCACAGAGGUAGCUGUCAGAGUAGGAUAGAUAGGUUUUUCUUUAAGGAGAAUUUCCCGGUGGCGGCACCCGUGUUUACACCGGUGGAGUUCUCCGACCAUCACAUUUUGUCUUGCGAGUUGAACGUCUAUAGUACCCCACCUAAGGGUAGAGGGAUCUGGCGGCUAAAUUCAGACCUCCUGGUGGAACAGAGGGUUCAGCAAGCCUUCAUGGAAUUCUUUCACGAUCAGAUGACAUUGGCCGACUUAGGCCAAAUGAAGUCUGAGUGGUGGGAGAUGGUGAAGGCCAGAACUCAACGGCUGUUUCACAAUCUCGCCCGGAACAUGCAGUCCUCCAGGUACAAGAUGUAUCUGGGCUUGCUUGGGAGGUUAGACAUCCUGAUCUCGCAGGGAGGUGACCCCGAGGACAUUGCGGCAGUUAAAAACCUGAUGAGGAGUUAUCAGUAUGACAGGUACGCCUCCCUUGUAAAAGAGAGGGAUCAUGGGUCAUACCGCUCGCCCGAUCCUUAUCUUAACUGCAAGCGGAAGGAAGGUACCAAGUCCAUCCCUAGUCUGCGGGGCACCGACGGGACCCUAGAGGAGUCUCCUCGCGGGAUUCUGAAGGUGGUCCGCGACUACUAUAUUGAGCUCUUCGGAAAGGGCAGCCCCCAAUGUAGCGAGGAGGGAACCUCCCACGGGAGAAGGGUGGAUGACUUCUUGAGCGAGCUCACGCUCCCUGAGCAUAGCGACCUCUCUUUUGACGAGUUGGUCAGCGAGAUCACCAUAGAAGAGGUCACAGAGAGUAUCCAACAGCAGAACAAGUGUAAGUCGCCAGGUCCUGAUGGUCUGACAGCCGAGUUUUACCAACAGUUCUGCGACCUCUUGGCCCCUCAUCUGACCGAGGUGUUUAAUGAGAGCUUGGCUCAAGGAUUAUUGCCAUCCUCGAUGAGGACUUCUGCCCUGAUCUUGCUGUCCAAGCCGAACGUGCUCGACACAGCGGAUGUGGGGAACUGGCGCCCCAUAUCCCUGUUAAAUGUCGACAGGAAGGUCCUGGCAAAGAUUUUGAUGAAACGAGUACAGGGCCUAGCGAGGCGUGUCCUAUCCACCUCCCAGUACUGUUCAAUCAAGGGCAGAACUGUCUUUGAUGACGUUUUUGAAGUCAGGGAAGCCCUCGAGAAGUGCAGGGACGGAGAAAGGGGGAUAUACCUUCUGGCACUUGAUCAGUCCAAAGCUUUUGAUCGAGUAGAUCACCGUUAUCUGUGGUCAGUCUUGCGGAAGUAUGGCUUGCCGGGAAAAUUCGUCAAUUGGAUAAUCACCUUGUACAGAGGGGCCGAAAGCUUUGCUCUUGUGAACGGGUGGAGGGGCAGGACGUUUAGGAUCCGAUCCGGGGUCAGGCAAGGCUGUCCUCUCAGUCCACUCUUGUACGUGUUUGCAGUCGAUCCCUUCAUCCGGAGGGUCGAGGCAGGCACGUUACAGGGAGUGGCCAGGGCUCCGGAGAGGCCUUUACGGGUUGUUACCUACGCUGAUGACAUCUCCAUAGUGGUCUCCAAUACUCGGGAGGCCACGGAGGUGGAUGAUUUAAUCCUAGCGUAUUCUGCCGCUUCAGCCUCUCGUGUCAACAGGGACAAGAGCGUAGUUUUCUGGUGCGGGAAGGAAGGGGACCAGUUCCCUCUUCCAGACGGUUUCCCGAGGGCCCAGCCUGAAAUUAAGAUCUUGGGGGUGGUGUUCGGAUCAGGGGAUCUGGCUCUCAGGAACUGGACCGAACGGCUUGCCAUAACUUCUAGCAAGGUGGAGGAGAGCCACAGGUGGAAACUGACGUUCAGAGAACGGGUGAACCUAAUCAAAACCUAUGUUCUGACCGUAUUCGGCUAC